AUGUUAGAAAUGGACAUACCUGUUGACCCACUGAUAUGGCUGUUUAAUAUAGUUAGUGAUCUACUGCCAGCCAGGAAUGGAGAAAAAUAUACAAAACAUUUUUUACUUGAAGUUGUAGAUAUUCUCUUGGGUUACAUAACAAAAACAUAUGAUGGGAAAAGUAAAGUUCUUGACUUUCAUCACCCACAUCAGUUACUGGAAGGCCUGGAAGGUUUUAAUUUGGAAUUAUCCGAUCAACCUGAGCCACUGGAACAGAUUCUUGUUGACUGCAGAGAUACCCUUAAAUAUGGAGUUAAAACAGGGCAUCCUCGUUUUUUCAAUCAGCUUUCCAGUGGACUUGAUGUGGUUGGACUUGCUGGGGAAUGGUUGACAGCAACUGCCAACACUAACAUGUUUACAUAUGAAAUAGCUCCAGUUUUUAUCAUCAUGGAAGCCAUAAUUAUUAAGAAAAUGCACAAAAUAAUUGGAUGGGAAGAAGAUCAAGCAGAUGGAAUAUUUUCUCCUGGAGGAACCAUCUCUAAUCUUUACAGUCUUCUAGUGGCAAGAUAUAAGUAUUAUCCUAUGGUGAAAACAAAAGGAAUGUCAGCACUGCCACAGAUUGUUGUGUUUAUAUCCGAACAUGGUCACUACUCUUUACAAAAAGCAUCUGCCACUCUUGGCAUUGGAACAGAUAAUGUGAUUUCCGUAAGAUGUGAUGAGAGGGGAAAAAUGAUCCCAUCUGACUUAGAGAAAAAAAUACUACAAGCCAAAGAAGAGGGAUAUGUUCCAUUCUAUGUCAGUGCAACAGCUGGGACAACAGUAUAUGGAGCAUUUGAUCCUAUUGCCAACAUUGCAGACAUCUGUGAGAAAUAUGGACUCUGGUUGCAUGUUGAUGCAGCGUGGGGUGGUGGAUUAUUACUGUCACAAAAACAUUGCUUUAAACUGCAUGGAAUAGAAAGAGCCAAUUCAGUUACCUGGAAUCCUCAUAAAAUGAUGGGAGCCCCACUACAAUGCUCAGCUAUACUAAUUCGGGAACCGGGCCUGUUGCAAGCAUGUAACCAACAGUGUGCAAGUUAUCUGUUCCAACCGGACAAACAAUAUGAGGUAACUUAUGAUACAGGAGACAAGACCAUCCAGUGUGGAAGACACGUUGAUGUUUUUAAAUUGUGGCUUAUGUGGAAGGCAAAGGGCACACAUGGAUUUGAACUACAAAUAAACAAGUGCAUUGAACUUUCAGAGUAUUUGUAUUAUAAUAUAAAAUCAAGAGAACACUUUGAACUGGUUUUUCAGGAUAAGCCAGAGCACACCAAUGUCUGUUUCUGGUAUAUUCCACCUAGCAUGACAUUUAUUCCUAGGGAUAUGGAUUGGCAAAGAAAGCUUCAUAAGAUUGCUCCUAUGAUUAAAGCCCAAAUGAUGGAAGAAGGCACCGCAAUGAUAACUUAUCAGCCGCUAGGAGAUAAGGUUAAUUUUUUCAGGAUGGUUUUGUCUAACCCAGCCACUAGAAAAUUGGAUAUUGAUUUUCUUCUUGAUGAAAUAGAAAGACUUGGAAAAGAUCUGUAAUUCUUAAAAAUACGUUUGUUUUUAGAACCCACUAAAUUGUACUUUAAUUCAAUAUAUGCAGUUGUUUGUAUAUUCAAAGCUUAUUCGGAAAGUGUUUGCAUGUUGUGUUUAAACAUGUUUACUUUUGUAUAUUACAAUAUAUAUGCUAAGUAUGAACGAUUUCGUGUUUAUGUUUUAAACAUUACACAUUGUAGUGAGAAAACACUGUCUGGCAGUUCAGGUGAUUUAUUUUUGUUGUUGCUUCUUUGUCAUUAAACCAUUAGAAAGGCUGUAACAGCUUUAAUUAGUAAAUAAUUUACCAGAAUUAACCAAUUAAAGGGACAUUAAACACUUUAAAAUUGUAAUAUAAAAUGAAUAAUUAUGUGUA